UUGCCAGAGAACUCAGACACCUCCCCUCUGCUCUGCCUUUCUGCCAUCUGCUCCCCCUCCUCCUCCGGCCAUUACCACUCCAAGAAAGCGAAGAAGACUCACGCCGCGACGCCAUGCUCUCGCGGCUCGCCAACCCGCUCUGGAUGCAGGAGGACGGCGGCCAAGAACAGGGCCACGGCCACGAGCAGCAGCAGCAGCAGCACGCGACGCCGUCGGCCAUGGGGUUGGGGAUGAUGCCGGGGCAGGGGCAUGAGGACCAGCACCUUCUGGCCCUGGCCGCCGCCGCGGGGGGCGGGGGGUUCCAGGCCCCGCCGGUGCUCGAUGACGACUGGUACUUCGACGCCGUGGCCGCGGGUGCCGGCGCCAGCGCGCAGGGGUCCUUGCUCCUGGGACCGCCGGCCCCGUCGGGGUCGGCGUCCGGCCCCCGGUCGCAGAUGUUCUCGCUCUUCAACAUGGGAGGCGCCGCGCCGUUCGACGUCCAUGGGUUCGACCUCGUCCUCUCCGGCGGCGGCGGCGACCUGGCUUCGUUUGCUGCCGCCGGGAAUGCGUCGAACGCCACGUCGUUGUCCCUGAUCCCGGCUGGGGGCGGCGGGUUCCUGGGCUCGUUCGGCGGCUUCGGCACUGCGCCGGCGCAAAUGCCGGAGUUCGGCGGACUCACCGGUUUCGACAUGUUCGACACCGGCGCUGGCUCCUCAUCGGCGGCGCCCCCUGCUUCGGCAUCCCUGACGGCGCCGUUCUCCGCGCGCGGAAAGGCCGCGGUGCUGCGCCCGCUGGAGACCUUCCCUCCCGUGGGUGCGCAGCCGACGCUGUUCCAAAAGCGCGCCCUCCGGCGCAACGCUGGCGAGGAGGAGGACGACAAGAAGCGCAAGGCGGCGGCGGUGGGCGCGUCCUCGGGCGGCGGCGACACGGUGCUGGACGACGCCGACGACGACGGCGUGAGCAUCGACGCGUCCGGGCUGAACUACGACUCGGAGGACGCGGGGGGCGUCGAGGAGAGCGGCAAGAAGGACGGCAAGGACUCCAUCGCCAACAGCACGGUGACGGGUGGUGGCACGGGCGACGGGAAGGGCAAGAGGAAGGGGUUGCCGGCCAAGAACCUCAUGGCCGAGCGCCGUCGCCGGAAGAAGCUCAAUGACCGGCUCUACAUGCUCCGGUCCGUUGUGCCCAAGAUCAGCAAGAUGGACAGGGCAUCCAUUCUUGGCGAUGCAAUCGAAUACCUUAAGGAGCUGCUGCAAAAGAUCAACAAUCUUCAGAACGAGCUUGAGUCAUCCCUUUCCACAGCCUCACUGCCUCCAACACCCACAAGCUUCCACCCUCUGACUCCGACGCUGCCCACUCUGCCAUCUCGCGUGAAGGAAGAGCUGUGCCCAAGCGCAUUGCCAAGCCCUACUGCUCAGCAACCAAGGGUUGAGGUUAGGAUGAGGGAAGGCCGGGCGGUCAACAUCCACAUGUUCUGCACUCGCAGGCCUGGUCUUCUGCUCUCUGCUAUGAGUGCAAUCGAAGGCCUCGGUCUCGACGUCCAGCAAGCUGUUAUCAGUUGCUUCAAUGGAUUUUCCUUAGACGUCUUCAAGGCUGAGCUAUGCAAGGAAGGCCCUGGGCUUCUGCCUGAGGAAAUCAAGGCCGUCCUCUUGCAAUCAGCCGGGUUCCAUGGCGUGAUCUAGGACAACAGGAUGGCUCAACCAACCGCAAAAGACAGUGUAGUUAAGGAAUUUACAAGCACCGGUGUUUCCGGUUCAAGGGAUGAUUUCCGACAGAACCAGCUUCGUUUAUUCUCAGUUCGGAACCUGCUCAGUGUUUUUUAAGAACCAACUUAUCCACCAGUCUUUGGAGUUUAGAGCUAAAAAUAAUGUCAGUAAUAUCCUAGUGUUCAUUAACAUUGCUUAUGUACUAGCUCCGUUCUAGUUUCUUGUUACAUGGUUUUGAUUUCUGUGUAGUCGUGCUGCAAUUCUGAACAAAGAUCGCAUCGAUUCAAAAGUGAACCGUUCCGAAACAGCUUAAA